AUGGCAAAUAUUUAUAGUUGCUGCUAUUUAAGUCGAAGAUUAAAUCAGCUAUCCAGCCAUGAUCCAUUGUGGAAAAGACACUGCAAGAAAUACUGGCUUAUUUCAGAAGAGGAAAAAAGUCAACGAAAUCAGAGCUGGAAAGCCAUCUUCAUCAGUACCUACUCUGACCUAGGAAGAUACAUCCGAUACUAUGCUACGUUGAAAAAAGCCUGGGAUGACCUAGAGAAAUACUUAGGACAGCGGUGUCCUCGGAUGAUUGGUUCUUUGAAAGAGAGUGUGCGGGAGGAAGAUCUAGAUGCUGUGGAAGCACAAAUAGGUUGCAAACUCCCUGAUGACUAUCGAUGUUCAUUUCGCAUUCAUAAUGGACAGAAGCUAGUUGUUCCUGGUUUGAUGGGAAGCAUGGCACUGUCGAACCACUACCGCUCUGAAGACUUGUUGGAUAUCGACACAGCGGCUGGAGGUUUUCAACAGAGGCUAGGUCUGAAACAAUGCCUUCCUCUUACUUUUUGCAUUCACACUGGCCUGAGUCAAUACAUGGCCCUGGAGAGUGUGGAGGGACGAAAUAAAUACGAGAUCUUCUAUCAAUGUCCAGACCAAAUGGCUCGCAAUCCAUCUGCUAUUGAUAUGUUCAUUACAGGUACAUCUUACUUGGAAUGGUUUACAUCCUAUGUAAACAAAGUUGUAACUGGUGGUUAUCCUAUCAUCAGAGACCAGAUUUUCAGGUAUGUGCAUGAUAAAGAAUGUGUCGCUACCACAGGAGAUAUUACUGUUUCUGUGUCCACAUCUUUUCUACCUGAACUCAGUUCUGUGCAUCCACCGCAUUAUUUCUUCACUUACAGAAUCAGGAUUGAAAUGUCCAAAGAUGCUCUUCCUGAGAAGGCUUGUCAGCUGGACAGUCGAUACUGGAGAAUAACAAAUGCCAAAGGCGAUGUAGAAGAAGUUCAGGGUCCUGGAGUAGUUGGGGAGUUUCCAAUUAUCAGUCCAGGGAGAGUCUAUGAAUAUACCAGCUGUACUACGUUUUCCACAACAUCUGGAUAUAUGGAGGGGUAUUACACCUUCCAUUGCCUCUACUACAAGGACAAAUUCUUCAACGUCACAAUUCCCAGAUUUCAUAUGGUGUGUCCAACAUUCAAGGUGUCUACAGCACGAAUGGAAACAAAUCAUAAUGAAUAUGCAGUGGAUGAAGACGAAGAUUCCACAGACACUGAUGAAUAUGAAGAUCGACGUAGAGUGUUGGACAUUCCUGCACCUUCUGGACGCUGCCCACGUCAUACCUGACGGGAUUUUUUUCAAAACAAAAUAAACUGUUUUCAGAAGCUGAACUCUUUGGGGCUAGUGCAUAAGAAUAUUUCUGACUAUUGUAAAUGAACUUUCUGUUGCACAUCAGGGCAACUAGCAUGAAUGUUGGUGCCAGUUCUAAUAUUCAUCAGAGUAUAACUUUUUUUUUUUUCCUGGUUUGGAAGUGGGGAGAGGGGGCUUGGGGGGGGACGGGGAGGGAGGGAGGGAGAGGAAGAGAAAGGUGUUUGAGCUUUGGUCACUUUUUUCUGAAGUGCGAAACAGCUUGAUAGUCCGAGGUAAUCAUAUCUUACAUUUUUAAACUAUUGCCUAUUUAUGAUCAUAUUGCAAAUAUGGUGUGGGGAUUUGUUUUUAUACAAGCAUUUAAAAUUAGCAAUAGACAAGAUGGCAAAAAAGGUGU